UUUAUGUAUCUAACAUUUACGUAAACGUAUAUGUAACUAUCGUGUUUCAGUUAAGUGCUUGUGAGAUAGUAUUUAAACAAACAGUUAUGUGGAGACCUCUCGUUCAAAAACUCGGUUAGGUUUGUGUUAAUUACGCUAUCACUCAACUAGGAAUGAGUGUUAAACAGGCGUUAGCAGUCAUUGCUUUUGUCUACAUAUUUGGUAAAUUGAUGACACUAGCUAUCGGUGCUCGACGCAAUGUUGAAAUAAUUUGUAAUACGCACAGUGACGUAGUGUUUUUUAAUGAUGCAAAUAUUAAUAAAAAGGUUGAAGUGCAGCGAAAUAACAACUGUAAAGCACACGGCUUGAGUAAUAUGCCGAAUUUACAGUGUGGGUGUAACGUGGACUUUCUCGCAGCUUGCAAUUUAUCAAUUGUGAAAGAGGAAUAUGGCUGUUACAAGUGGAAUUGCGGCAGUGUGAGCAAUUAUAGCCAUAGUGUUGACGUGUGUUUAUCAGUCGAACAAACUUCCCACACGAUGGUUUCAACCGUUAAGUGUGCCAAUGUCCAAAGAACCCCGAAAGUCGAAUUUUGGACAGUAGAUGAAAGAAUUUUAAGCAGCAAUUAUGACGAAAUACGGAUGAUUAAACUGGAUCAAUUAAAUAUAAGUAUAAUUACCGCCUUGUUCAAACAAGAAGAAAACCGAUCAAUUGUUGUGUGCAAAUUGGAAGAAAAUUAUAAUACAGAGUGGAGCAUUACACUGAUAUUACCUUGGACACAUUGUGUCGAAGAACAGUUAUACAAGUCUCCAUCAUCUUCAACAAAUCACACGUGUCAAACAACCAAAGGUAAUCCAGUGAUCACCCGACAAUUAGAAGAGUAUACCGAUCCUAAAUGCCCUUCAGUUAGAAUACACUCCAAUGUGAACGUUACGCUUUGCGAUGCUGUCAAUACAGAUGAUAUGGGGGCAAGAACAUUUGUAAAAGAUAAGAUCGGGUCAUUUAAGUUAGAGGUUAUCAAUCCAGCGAUUGUGCGAGAAUUUUAUAUAGAUGAAUUCAGAGACCGAGUAAAUAUUUCACUGAAUGGAGGAAGAAAAGUUACGUUAAUAUGUGAAGGGGACGGCAAUCCUCCUCCUACAGUGACACUUGUGUCAAAAUCGUCCAUUUUUAACACCAGCGCUUCCCCUUUGCGAUACACAAUAGAGUAUCCCUCACGUCAGGAUACCGGCGAGUAUCUAUGUAUUGCUUCAAAUGGACUUGGUAACAAUAGUAAAUCAAUCCAUGUGGAAAUCAUAAUAAAAGGUGAAGAAGGGUCAUCUUUUAUAACCAUUCCUAUCUGUGUUGGAAGCGCCAUCUUGAUAAUGAUUGUUGCAAUGUGUCUGUUACGACGUCGCUGUGAAUUGCUAAAGAAUCGGCGUAUAAAAGAAAGGCAUACAGUUUCACUGGAAAUGGUAACACAAGCCCACAUAGAACCAAAUGGUGUUAAUGAGCUGACAAUACUAGAAAACCCGUCCACCAACAGCGUCCAUAUUUACGAAACCAUUCCGCCGUCUCCUAUUGCCGACGUGUCAUUUGAUGCAGUUUCAGACGGUGUGGACACUAUCGUUAUAGAAACAAUGGAACCGACACAGCCUUGCCGUUAUGAAAGUCUUGGUCAACGGGACGUUUCGCUGUACAAUAUUAUAGAGUUUCUUUAAUUCAAUACGAAACUCAUUAUAUUGUUUGUAUGUAAUUGCAAAUUAACGGAAAAGCUGUCGCACAUCAAAGAGGUACUUAAAUGCAUAGCCUAGAGGUAUUUUGGCCUUCCGAAGAGCUGUUUUUUUUUCAAAUUUGUUAGUAUUGUACUAUAUUGUAGUAUAGUUGUUGAUCUGUCUCAAAUACUGCUGUAAUAGUGAUAUGAAAUAUUUAGCAAAGGAUAGAAAUUGUAUUUUUAAGUUUGAAACCCGUGACCUAUUAAACGGCUAGGCAAGCGGACUACCGUUGUGUAUCUUAAAUAUCCGUAACGUCCCUUAAAGCGACACUAGCAACAUUGAGACACGGCACUUCUCUGCAACCGGUAUGCGUCUCAAUACAACAAUUUGUGUGUGUGUUUCAUUCAUGUACAGAUAACAAAACUCGUUGUUUAAAAAAUAAUUUAUGUUCGAUGUAAUUGUAUCAUUUAGAGGUAAAAUAAAUGUUAAUUUACCACCCGAUGGAUUCGCUGUGUCGUAAAGCACUAGUUGAUUGUGUGACUGUGUACGCUUCGUUGAUUACCAAUUAUUGAGCCUUAACAAUAUAAUGUUUGCAUUUUAUUAAACGACUUGUAUGUAUAA